UCGAAGUAAAUACAGUAAUUAGUUAAUGGUAGUGGAUGAAACCAAUUUUCUUCAUUAGAACACUCUACGGAGCAGAAAAAUAUUUUUUUUAAAUCUAUAAAUGAAGAUCUUUAUAGCAGUGGUCGCCUGCAUCCUAGCAGUCACUUUAGCGCAAGACGAUGAAUUAGAAAAACUUGUGAACGAUUGCGCCGAGACUGCGGGCUUGGGAGAUCUGGAGGGGUACAGAAAAGCAGCAGAGGAGAAUGGCAUCAACGAUGAGAAAGUUCAAAAGUUUAGCGAAUGCGUUCUGAGGACAAGGGAUGAAAUAAAAGACGACGGCACUUUAGAUUUUAGUAAAUACAGAGCAUGGUGCCAGGUGACGGGUAAAGAUUGCUCAUUCGUCGACGAAUGCGAAAAGAAGAAGGAGGACACCACCGGUAAGACCUAUGCAAACGUUCUCCUCUGCGGAUUGAAACACUCACUAAAACAAUGAUAUUAGGAAGCAUAUACCUUCAGGAUGCUGGAAAAUUGUUAUUUUCACUAAUAAAUUUGACUAACCCAG